UCGCGUCCAAGUGCAUAAAUACUAGCGUACGCAUAUAGGACGCGUUAUAGCCAAAUACACGCACAUCACACCAGCAAAACACCAACUACUCAACAGAAAAACCAUGGCCUUUGACGCGCUCUUCUUCGUCCUCCUCGCCCUGGCCACCAUGCAGCCGCAGACCGCAUCGUCUGAGAAGGAGACGCACCUCAAGGUGUACUGGCACGACGUGGUGAGCGGACCGGACCCGACGUCGGUUCCGGUGGCGCAAGCGGCGACGACCAACACCUCCAAGACAGCCUUCGGCAUGGUUGUGGUCAUCGACGACCCGCUCAGUGAGGGCCCCGGCCUCAACUCGUCCAGGCUCAUGGGCUGCGCCCAGGGCACGUACAUCGCCGCUGGCAAGGACCAGCUCGCGCUGCUCAUGAACAUGAACUUCGUCUUCACCGCUGGCAAGUACAACGGCAGCAGCAUCGCAAUUAUGGGUCGCAACGCUGUGUUCACUAAGGUACGCUGUAUAUACACUAGUAGGAUUAGCAUUUUGUUUCUGUUGUAAUCCUCUCAGUAGUUAGAUGGUUAGAUCGAUCCUUAUCUCAUAUAUAGCUUUUUCAUGACCAUCAAUCCAUAACCCCAACUACCGAAUCCUUGUAACCAACUCAUCUCUAUAUAAACACCCAAUGCAUGCGUCCCUGCUGGUGUGCUAGCUCCAGCAGCCAGAGAGGAAGGAGAUGGCACGCAAGGUUGCUGACAAGGAGAGCAAGCCCACUGCCGUGCCAACUGCCAAACCCGUCGUAUGAGAUCGCCAAGGCCCAGGACUCCCAGGUUCUGAGUUUUCUUUUCAAUUCCAUCUCACCUCCUAUGACGGUUCUGAUCGCCCACUACUGCACCUUGGUAUGUAGCAAAAUGGACUACAUACUGAGCAAAAUGAGUGAACCUACACUCUAAAAUAUGUCUAUAUACAUCCAUAUGUAGUACAUAUUGAAAUCUCUAAAAAUACUUAUAUUUAGGUACGGAGGAAAGUACCCUUGAAGAAGAAAUAUAAUGAAAUAAACAUUAGACACAUCAAAAGGAAAUGAAGUUCUAUAAAUAAGAAUGAAUUAGUGGCAUUGGUAUUACCCUUUAAAAAUAGAAAAUAUAAAACAAACAAUUCAAAAUUUACACACAAUUUAUAGAAAUUAUGAUUUUAUAAUAUGCCAGAACAAGCAUAUAACAUUGGAUUUUUCACAAAAAGGAAGUUUCCUAAGAAGGAAUUAAUUAAUGGCAUUGGUAUUACUAUUAAGAAAAUAAAAUAAAAUGACACAAACGCAAAAAAACCAAAAUAUUGAAGUUCUUCUAAGAAUAAAUUAGUGGCUUUGGCAUUACACUUUAAGAAGAAAGGAAACGAAAUAGAAACUAAAAAUCAUAAUAAUGAAGUUUUCCUAGAAAAAAAGAAAAUGAAACAAAAUCAAAAUAAUGAAAUAUUUCUAAGAAAUAAUGAAACACACACUAAAACAAAAUCAUAAAAAUGAAGUUUUCUGAGAAACAAAUAAUUAGUGGUAUUGCUAUUACCCUUUAGGAAAACAGAAAAUAUUAAACAAAUAAUGACAAAAGUUGCACCCAAUUUUCAUAAAAAUUCCACUUUUUCAUAAUAUGCAAGAAUAAUCAUAUAAUAGUGAAAAUUUUCAAAAAAAAAUCCUAAAAAGGAAUGAAUUAGCGGCAUUGUAAUUACCCCCAAAAAAUAAAUAAAUUAUAAAUAAAUUAAAAAGUAAAAAUAAUGAAAUUUUCUAAUAAAAAAUAGUGGUAUUGGUAUUACCCUUUAAGAGGAAAUAAAAUAAAAAUAAUAAAACAGACAACAAUUAAAUUUGCACACAAUAUUCAUGAAAAUCUACUUUUUCUAAAAUAUGCAUCAAUAAACAUAUUAUAGUGGAAUAUUAGCAAAAACAAUUCCUAAGAAGGAAUGAAUUAGUGGAAUUAGCUUUACCCUCGAAGAAGAUAGAAAAUUAAAUAAUAAGUAAAAAAUUCAAAAUAUGGAACAAGGAAUUAGUAGCAAUAAUAUUACCUUUAAAGAAGAAAGAUAAAAAAAUUGAAAAGGCCUUGCACACAACAUCGCUCUAAGAUUGCAUUUUUUGCAGUAUGCAAACAACAAUUAUAUGAUAGUGUAAUUUUCGCACAUAGCAUAGUAUUUAUG